CAGACAAUAUGGCCUCAAGCACCGGAGAUGUCCUGCCAACCUACGAGCUGGGCGAUACUCAGACGUCGAAGUUGAUCAGAAAAUCCAAAGAGUCUCCAUUUGUACCAAUAGGUAUUGCUGGUUUUGCUGCUGUCGUGGCCUUUGGACUGUAUAAGCUGAGACACCGAGGGAACACCAAAAUGUCCGUCCACCUUAUACACAUGCGUGUAGGAGCUCAGGGGUUCAUUGUCGGUGCAAUGACUUGUGGUGUUCUGUACUCCAUGUACAAGGAGUAUCUGGCCAAGCCCAAGGAGUAGCGGACGAGCAAUUCCCUCGGCACAGAGUGACGAUACGGACCUCACAUUGGGGUGGCUUUCUAUUUUAGUUGCCUGCGGCACAUUCUCUGCAAGGAUGACACCGCAAUACAUUGCAGACAAAUCCAGAGCAGCUUAGGGAUUGAACUUUUAUUUUUUGCCUCUUUAAAAAAAAAAAAAAAAGGCACUGAAAUCCACUUCUGUAAAUGAGCAAUGUUUAGAAUCUAUUUAUUUCUUAUUUUAUAACUUAAAACCUGAAUAAGGGCAGUUUAAUGUUAUUAUGGGGGUUUUAUUUUUCUAGCCCUUGGGCUCCCGCAUCUGACGAUGACCCAUCGAGAAAAUGUUAUAUUUUUUUUAAUUUAAAUUUGCCCUUUUUUAUUUUCCUAUUAUACAAAAAAAAAAACAAUGGUGGUCUGGAAGUUUCUCCCAAAGCUGAUGCCGCCUCACUAGGCACAAUGUGUUCUCCGCCUAACCCUGUGGAACCCUCGGAAUUCGGUGAAACAGAAAAACCGUUACAGACGUCUGCUCUGUAGGGCGAUUGGAUUUGUUUUGUUACAUUCCACUUUUGUGUAUUUCUGUUUUUUUUUU